UGGUCAGUAGAGUAUAGGGAUUGGGUAUUAACAGGUUGUAUGUCUCAAGCAGCUGCUUUAACAGCGCUGUGGGCUUGAACAAAUCUGUAUUCCUUUUUAAUAGGUAAAAUUGGGAUGUUACAUGGGGAUCAACUUGAACCUGAUCAACCCGUUUUACAAGCCUGUUAAUUACUGGGUGGAUCCUUUGUAUAGCAUCUAGAGCUAGCAAUCUGUCUGUUUGAAUUUUACUGUUACAAAUGUGUUGUUAAUGGUAUGCGCCCACUUGCCCUCACACCCAGGCUUUUGGGGAGGGGGGAUUUCCUCUUUUAAAUACUAGAAUAUGUUGUAGUAAUGACAUGAAUUCAGUUCCUUGGUAUCUAGGGACUUGAAUUUCUAAUUUGUCCUGUUCUGAACUUACUGUGGCCACCAAUUUGUCUAAAAUAUCUCAUCCUAAAAGAAUAUGGGACAUUCUGGCACAUAUCAAAAAGAGAGUUUUAACAGCUUUGAUCCUAUUCCACAAGUCAAAGGAUCCAGAAACCUUUUGGUGUCUCCUUUUCCCGAGACUCCUUUCGUAUUACAAUUUUUGUUAGAAAUGCUACCCUUCUGGGUGUUGAGUACAGAGAAAGUAAGUCCAGUAUCAAGUAAAAAUUCAACUGGCUUUCUUCCUACUGCUGAGGUUACUCAGGGCUCCUCGUGGAAGAUGAGGAUCUAAUGGUCCAAGACCAACUGGGGAGCCUUGUGUCCCUAUCAUAUCUCAUUUUCAGUGAGGGACAGCCAAAAUGAUUCCCCUUUGUCCUUCUUCCUUCUGUUCCAGGAGUGGUUUGGGCAGUCCUGUUUCUAGUGCCCUUCCUGCUUACGAUGUGCACAUUGAUUAGACCCCAACUUUGUUGGUGGUCUCUUGGUCCCUUAGACGGGUCUUGGGGCGCUCACAUGGGUAUCAUCUUUUCCUCUUCCAGGUUACUUCAUGUAGGUUGGAGAGCUACCACCAGAAGAGCAUCUUGCCUUCUCAUCUUCUGGUCUUUUCUUAACUUCCUCCAUCACACCUGGUUAUGGAACACCUUAAGAGCUAGUUCUGGAAGCUGAGCAGCGUUAGUAUCGGGACUUAUAGCCAAUUUUGGAGUUUCCUUUGGAUGUCUGGAGUGGUUUGAGAUAUGAAAUAGGUUAUUAAGGACCAUUCAGCUACCCCGAACCUCAGGGUCCCAGUUUGUAGUUCGUCUUCGGCAGUUUUGUAGCCUUUCCAGAAAGGCGGACGGAUUCUCGUCUGUCCUUUGUCAAAUCUCCCUUAAUUUGGACCAGAUUUACUUACCUCCUUCUUAGCUUUUAAAAGAAGCCUGCAAUGAUGCCCUGGACUUUCUCUCUCAUCAUGGGAGUUGGGAUCCUCCUCAGUGUCAGCUCUUAGCACUGCCUCCUUGUUUGGUCUUGGAGAACUUGAUCCUGGCUGAUAGUCUUUAUCAGCUUCCUGUCUUGCUUCUGCUAACAUGGCAAACUUUUCUUCUGUUAAGACAGUGGUUGGCAAAGCUUGCAUAUCUGCCCAGAUGGGUUGUGGGUAGAAAAGAUACUGUGCAUUAAAUGUGUAAAUCGAUCAGGUCAGCCCAUAGCCCUUUAGUGUGUGUCCAGUUAUACAGGUCCGAGGUCAAAAAUGGGACAUGCACAUUAACGAGACAUCCAUCUCCAUCAGGUGCCCAUCUCAAUGGCAACAUUCCCAUCCCUGGCUUAAAAUAGGUCCCCAAUCUGAUAGUGCUUUCUGACAAGGGAGGCUAAAGGGAUACAGGAGACAUGGGGGGAAGACUUUGGGGGAGUUGGUAAAGGAUUAGAGGCUGGUGCUCCUGAAGCUAGGGGAGUGAGGCUGGAGUACCAGAGGAAUCAGGUGGAGACUUAGUACAAUCUAAGGACUUGGAGGUAGAGACAGAGAUAGGGACAAAGAUUCCCUUACUCAUCAGAGAGUACAGGAUGCAUUUUUAGGGUUUUCAAUUCUACCUUCAUUUUACAAAUCUUACACUUCCUUUGCAACCCCUCAAUUUGAUAUAAUGCCAUAAAGCACUGACUAUAUGGAAUCUUUUCCCAUUUUCUUUCUCUUUUAACAAAAUAAGCUCAAUUGUAGUGUCGUAUUAAAAUUUAAGGUCCCAUUUUCUGGCCACUUCUCUUCAUCUUCUAGAGUCUAUUAUUGUGGCCAGGCUGUGUUAUAGAAGAAAGUUGUCUGUUUUGGGGUCAAAGGAAGGUAGUUGAAUGCUUUCUGUUUCUGGAGACUAUAGUCCAAGGGAGGCUCUCCUUCCGGGUGGAAAUGUCCUUUCCAUAAUCUGGGAUUCUUUCUGAGGGUCUCCUCUUACCCUCCCUUAAGGUAACUUACAGUGUUUAGUGGUGACACAAAUGCCACACAACCUUACCCACAGUAUGUGUGAGACUCGGUUGGCUUAAAACCAAGCCCACAAGGAGAGUGGGUUAAUGCUAAGGUGUAAUGUCUAGACUCCUCUGUAAUGAGCACUUAAUCCCACAGAGUGUUGACAGGAGAGGCCCUGUUCUUAACUGACUGUCGACCCGCCAGGCUUCGUGAGACAGCUCAAAGAAAAUACUUAGGAGGAGGGAGGUUAAGAUGGCGGAGGAGUAGGGGACACCUUUUUCAGCCGGUCCCCUGAGUUGAGCUGGAUAGGUACCAGACCAGCAGGAAUAUCCACGGAAUCAGCCUGAGACGCAGGAAGAUACAUCUGGAUCUCUACAAAUGAACAUCUCCAGCGCUGAGUAUCGAGUUGUAUCUUCACGCGUCUCCAUGCUUUUUUAAGAACAUCAGAAAAUGAACAAAUCCCAGGGGUCACUGUCGUUUGGUGAUGUGGCUGUGGACUUUUCCCAGGAGGAGUGGCAGCACCUGGACCCUGCCCAGAGGACCCUGUACAGGGAUGUGAUGCUGGAGAACUACCACAACUUUGUUUCAGUGGGGUAUCUCAUUAAAAAGCCAGCACUGAUCUUCAAGUUGGAAGAAGGAAAGGAGCCAUGGAUAUUAGAGGAAGAAUUUCUAUACCAGAACUACCCGGAAGACAGCAAAGCUUAUUACCUAACAGAGAGAAUGCAGAGAAACCAAGACAAAUAUGUGCCACAAGUUUUAUUCAACAACAAAACAGUGACCUCAAAGAAAGUUUAUGCUUUAAGAAAAUCAUCUAAUAUGAGUACAAAUUGUAUUCCUUCAAGAAAAAUGCCCUGUAAACAUGACUUACAUGGAAUGAAUUUGAAAAAUAUUUUAAUAUCAGUUGGUAGUAAUAGAAAUUCUUCUAGAAAAAAACCUCACAUGUUAAAUGUAUAUGAGAAAUUACUUGAUAUUAAGCAGGAAAAACCUCAUACUCAAGAGAUGUCUGAUGAGAAUAAUCAAUAUGAGAAAGCCCUUGGUCAUAAAAAUGGUAUUAUUCAGCAUGUAAGUACGCAAUCUUCAGAGAAGAUUUUAAAAUAUGAUGGUGGAAAAUCCUUAGGAAAAAAGACCACAGUAAUUCCACACAGGCGAAUUGACAGAGUCCGAGAGAAACUCUGUGAAUAUAACAGACAUGGAGAAACUUGUGAGAAGUCAUCUCUCUUGAAAUGUCAUGGGGUCUCCUUCGAAAUAAAACAAUGUAAAGGCAAUCAAAUUGAAAAUAAUUUCAGCAGUAUGUCACAUUUCACUCAAGUUCAGAAAAAACAGAGACGUGAGUGUCUAUUCAAAUGUAGUGAAUGUGGGAAAACAUUCAGCUACAAGUCAAACUUCACAGUGCAUCAGAGAAUACACACAGGAGAGAAACCCUGUGAAUUUAAUUCACAUGGGAAAACAAGUCACAAAUCACCCCUCACAAACAAUCAGAUAACAUAUACAGGGGAGAAACGUUAUAAAUGUAGUGAAUGUGGUAAGUCCUUUUGCAAGAAGUCGUCUCUCACUCGGCAUGAGGGAACAUACACAGGGGGGAAACCUCAUGAAUGUAAUGAAUGUGGAAAAACUUUCUGCAAGAAGUCAGCCUUCACUCAACAUCAGAGAACUCACACAGGAGAGAAACACUUCCAAUAUAAUGAACACAGUAAGACUUUCCAUUGCCAGUCAGACAUUAAGAUACAUCAGAGAAUUCAUAAAAGAGAGAAACGCUUCCAAUGUAAUGAAUGUGGCAAAACUUUCCAUUGGCAGUCAGACAUUAAGCUACAUCAGAGAAUUCACACAGGGGAGAAACCCUUUCAGUGUAGUAAAUGUGGUAAAACUUUCUAUCGGCAAGCAGAUGUUAAUGCACAUCAGAGAAUUCACACAGGAGAGAAACGCUUCCAAUGUAAUGAAUGUGGUAAAACUUUCUAUUGGCAGUCAGAUGUUCAUGCACAUCAAAGAACUCACACAGGAGAGAAACCCUUUCAAUGUAGCGAAUGUGGUAAAUCAUUUCAUCGGCAGUCAGAUGUUAAUGUUCAUCAGAGAACUCACACAGGAGAGAAACGCUUUCAGUGUAAGGAAUGUGGUAAAACUUUCUAUCGUCAGUCAGAUGUUAAUGCGCAUCAGAGAAUUCACACAGGACAGAAACCCUUUCAGUGUAAUGAAUGUGGUAAAACCUUCUAUCGGCAGGCAGACGUUAAUGUGCAUCAGAGAACUCACACAGGAGAGAAACGUUUUCAGUGUAAUGAAUGUGGUAAAACUUUCUAUCGGCAGUCAGAAGUUAAUGUGCAUCAGAGAACUCACACAGGAGAGAAGCCCUUUCAGUGUAAUGAGUGUGGUAAAACUUUCUAUCGGCAGUCAGACGUUAACGCACAUCAGAGAAUUCACACAGGAGAGAAACCUUAUAAAUGUAACGAAUGUGGGAAAUCCUUUUAUGAGAAGUCAUCCCUCACUCGACAUGAAAGAACUCACACAGGGGAAAAACCCUAUCAAUGUAAGGAAUGUAGGAGAACCUUCUGCCAGAAGUCAGCCCUCACUCAACAUCAGAGAACUCACACAGGAGAUAGACCCUUUCAGUGUAAUGUAUGUGGUAAAACUUACCGUCAUUUGUCAGCCAUUAAUGUACAUCAGAGAACUCACACAGGAGAGAAACCCUUUCAGUGUCAUGAAUGUGAGAAAUCUUUUCUUACGAAGUCAACUCUUAUUAAUCAUCAGAGAACUCACACAGGGGAAAAACCCUUUGAAUGUAACGAAUGUGGGAAGAGUUUUCGUCAUAAAUCUACCCUUACUACCCAUCUGAGAAUUCACUCAGGAGAGAAACCUUAUAAAUGUUGUGAAUGUGGAAAAACUUUCGGCCGGAAGUCAGCACUUACUAAUCAUCAAGGAAUUCACAUAGGGUAGAAACUCCGUAGCAGAAACUUGCUGUGUUUUUCCCAAUACCCAUUUCUCUUUGUGGUUACACAAAUAGUAAAGAUUUUCUAGCUUUCCUUGCAUUCACAUGAGGGCGUAUUACCUCUGGCACAAAUUCCAAGCCUGUAAAGGACCUCGUUUGGAAUUUUCCCUACUUGCACUUUUAUUUCCUUAUCAAAGGGUAAUGAAGAUCAUCCUCAGGGUAACUUGGGAACUAGUUAUUAGAGAUUACAGAUUCACAGGUUGGAAGAAACCAGGGUCCUGAGGAGAGUUCUGGCUUCUCUAACAUCACUUGUAAGUCUUGUCACGAACCAGAAAUAAAUUUUGGAUUUGUUCAGCCAUUAGGGGCUGUUUAGGACUUUUUGUUGUCAUGGUAUAUCCUAGCCAUCCCUCAUCUCGUAUACCCUGUGAAUCUAAUGAAGGUAUGAGAAACAGUAUGUGUCAGGUAAUUCAUUUGAGGGGAACUGCUCUCAGUAUUCUGCAUUUUAAUAAAUUUUCAUCAACAAGUCAAGCGUUUUGUAAAUCUGAAAUUUACGAAUUAAAACACCCCAAAAUGAAAUGAAUACAGGAAAAUUUUCACAAAGAAUCUGCAUCUGAUUGACCAUCAGAUACUUGAGAGUAGAAUACAAGUUAAUAACUUGAAAAACGUUUCAAGAUUUUUCAGGAAAUACAUAAUAAAAGAAAAUUGUCAGUUUAGGAAGUGAGGAAAACAUUAUCGUCUAGAAAUAAUCUUAUGUUUUGGAUGCAAUACUAAAUAUCAUAUUAAUAAUCUAACAAAGGAUAUUUAUUUGACCGUCAUGGUCAACAAGAAUAUGUAGCUAGCUUUGAGAAGGCACAAGUGAAGUGAGUCAUCAAAGUAACAGCACUAAGUGUAUAUGUGAAUAAUAUAUGUAAACAUCAAAGUAACAGCACUAAAUGUCUGUGUAAAUAAAGUAACAGCACUUUGUAAAUAUCAAAGUAACAGCACUAAGUGUCUAUAUGAAUAAAGUAACAGCACUGUGUGUUUACGUGAAUAAGCCUCUGAGCUUUGUUAGGCUUAUACAUAUGAGUGUGCUCUUUAAAGGCUUCUUUCUGUAUGCUUAAUUUUUGUAACAUACACUACGAUUUCUGACACUAAAUGCUCUUGUUGUCCCAUUAUAUACUUACGCCACGAUAUAUAUUUUUUAAAAGAAACGUUGAAUGCAUGAUACCACCUGUCCUGUGUUUUCUACUAUUUCGUGGCACGUGUAAGUCAGUAUAGGCAUUGUUAACAAACUGUUCUUUUAGUAAAUGACCCAAAUAACGACUGAUAAAGAUUUACUUGAAGUAUGCGAUGAUUCAGUACACAGUUAUUUAUAAUACACGUCUGAGUCAAUUUUCAAAAUUGGCCUUGAACGUUAGUACUUAUUAUAAUGCGCAGAUUGAAAGCAGGGCCUGUUGAAGAAAUUUUCCUCAUUUUAUAUUUGUGUCAUAUCCAAAGGAUAUGCUUAUAUAAGUUUUAUGUGUGAAAUGCAGAUUUAAGUGAGGAAAGGACUGUCUGCAUUUGUGUUUAGUGUGGUAGAAUGCCACAUUUUUCCUCCUACAAUUAUACAUGGUUUUUUCAGACAAGCUGUUCUGUCACUUCUUAUUUGAGUGACCUAUGUAGUGAUUUAAUCUCUGCCUCAGUUUCCUCAUCUGCAAAAUGGAGAUAAUAUUGUCUGCCUCACAGAUACUGAACAGUUUGGGUCAGAGUUUUCUGGUGUUCAAGCUGAAGACAUUUAUAUUUAGAACUCGGACAUUAGAAGUAAAAUGGUCUGUCAUUCCAUAGUACAAUUCUGCUUCUUGAGUUGAUACAAGAAAAUUCUUAUUAAAACUUUGUAUUUUGUCAGGUUUGUCUUUAAAACAUAUGAAACAGAUGUGUUUAAAGUAAAUGGAAUAAUCUCCUGACCACUUUCUGUUGUUGAUUAAAUAUGGUGUAAACUAAAAAUCUAACUUUGUUUUUUUCCAAAUGAAGAGCCAGUUGAUCUUUCACCUUUUGAUUCAUUCACCCCGUUUCACUGAUUUGAAACCACAUUUUUAUUGUAUACAGAUUUAUCCUUUGGUGUGGCUGCUACAUUUCUAGGCCCUGUGUUCCUGUCCCCAUUAUCCUACUGGUGGUGCCCAUUCCAGAUGGGCCAACCAUAGGACACCACCCUGCUGUCCCACACCGAUGAUGUCACUGCUCUGUACUCUCUGCUUUUUGCCACUGGGUAUAAACAUUGUGAAUUUCAGUGGUUCUAGUGACGUUUUGUGAUACCACGCUUUGUGCCUUAUCCUGUAUUAAAACCAGCAUAAUGGUUUUGCGUUACGUCCAUGUUUAUAUAUGUAGCUUUUGUUAUUUUUUAGCAUCUUAUAUUCUGUUCUAUUAAAACAACUUAAUUCUGUUGAAA